CGUUCGCGCGUCUCGCGAGCGUUAGGUGACUGGAGGAGGCGGCGCCGCUCGGCCGGGCACCGGCUUCUGGGAGGCCGAGCUUGCGGCCGGAGCGGAGACGAUGUUCCGAGCGGCGGCUCCGGGGCAGCUCCGGAGGGCGGCCUCACUGCUACGAUUUCAGAGUACCCUGGUAAUAGCUGAACAUGCAAAUGAUUCCCUAGCACCCAUUACUUUAAAUACCAUUACUGCAGCCAAACGUCUUGGAGGUGAAGUGUCCUGCUUAGUAGCUGGAACCAAAUGUGACAAGGUGGCACAAGAUCUCUGUAAAGUAGCAGGCGUAGGAAAGGUUCUGGUGGCUCAGCAUGAUGCGUACAAAGGCCUACUUCCAGAGGAACUGACACCAUUGAUUUUGGCAACUCAGAAGCAAUUCAAUUACACACACAUCUGUGCUGGAGCAUCUGCUUUCGGAAAGAACCUUUUGCCCAGAGUAGCAGCCAAACUUGAGGUCGCCCCAAUUUCUGACAUCAUUGCAAUCAAGUCACCUGACACAUUUGUGAGAACUAUUUAUGCAGGAAAUGCUGUAUGUACAGUGAAGUGUGAUGAGAAAGUGAAAGUGUUUUCAGUCCGUGGAACAUCUUUUGAAGCUGCAGCAACAAGUGGCGGUAGUGGCAGUUCAGAAAAGGCAUCAAGUACUUCACCAGUAGGAAUAUCAGAAUGGCUUGACCAGAAAUUAACAAAAAGUGAUCGACCAGAGCUAACAGGUGCCAAAGUGGUAGUAUCUGGUGGUCGAGGCUUGAAGAGUGGAGAGAACUUUAAGUUGUUAUAUGACUUGGCAGAUCAACUACAUGCUGCAGUUGGUGCUUCCCGUGCUGCUGUUGAUGCUGGCUUUGUUCCCAAUGACAUGCAAGUUGGACAGACAGGAAAAAUAGUAGCACCAGAACUUUACAUUGCUGUUGGAAUAUCUGGAGCCAUCCAGCAUUUAGCUGGGAUGAAAGACAGCAAGACAAUUGUGGCUAUUAAUAAAGACCCAGAGGCUCCAAUUUUCCAGGUGGCAGAUUAUGGAAUAGUGGCAGAUUUAUUUAAGGUAGUUCCUGAAAUGACUGAGAUAUUGAAGAAAAAAUGAAUCAUGAUCAUGCCUUAAAAAGAAAAAUUAAAGUAUUCCACUGAAAUGAUAGACAUUUGUGGAUACUAUCAUUGGAAAGCAUGAAGAGCUGCAUUUCAUAAUUUGAGGAAAAAUUUCUAACAGAUGCCAGAAUGCUUUUUUAUGGGAUUAUGAUGUUUCCUUUUAAUUAUUUUUGGUUUCAAAUAAUUUUUUGAAAUUUUAAAAUUCUGUAAUAAAAUCUAUAAUAAAGCUUUUCCACAGCUUUAAAACUA